CAUUGCAACACGGUGUGUCUGCAGGAGAGAAGAUGUUUCGUCAUGAUCGUGUUGGAGCUUGAUAUCAAACCCUGUUGUCAUUGGGAGAAGCCCUGUUUGGCCGCCCCCCCUCGCCGGGCCCCUGUGUGGAGCCGCCUCGCAGAGUUCAGUCGGGCUGGGAGAGGAAUGCGCUGGGAUGCGGAGCAGCACCGACUGUAGGAAAUCGACGCAACAACUCGCACAGUAUGGAAAGCAAUGAUCCGUAUUUACACCUCAACUCUUCGGGGCCGAUGACCCACACUCACCCUCCUCCAAUGGGAGGCAUGGUGGGCCACCCGUCAGUCAUCAGCUCCUCCAGGCACUUACCGUCCCCGAUGUCGAUGAACGGCCUGGCCUCGCCCUACCCCGUCAUCACCUCCUCGAUGGGCUCGCCCUCCACGCCCAACAUGAACUUCGGACCCCUCUGCAGUCCACAGAUGAACUCUAUGAACAGCGUCAGCAGCUCAGAGGACAUCAAGCCUCCACCAGGCCUGCAGAACCUGGGAAACAUCAACUACCAGUGCACGAGCCCCGGGGGAAUGUCAAAGCACAUCUGCGCCAUUUGUGGGGACCGAUCCUCAGGAAAGCACUACGGCGUGUACAGCUGUGAGGGGUGCAAAGGCUUCUUCAAGAGGACGGUCCGUAAAGACCUCUCCUACACAUGCAGAGACAGUAAGGAGUGCCUGAUUGACAAGCGCCAGCGAAACCGCUGCCAAUACUGUCGCUACCAGAAGUGCCUGGCCAUGGGCAUGAAGAGAGAAGGUGUGUGUGCAGCGGUGCAGGAAGAGAGGCAGCGGGGGAGGGAGCGGGGGGAGAGCGAGGUGGAGUCCACCAGCAGCUUCAACGAGGAAAUGCCUGUGGACAAGAUCCUGGAUGCUGAGGUGGCUGUGGAGCCCAAAACAGAGGCGUACAGCGAAGGUAGCCCCAGCAACUCGACCAACGACCCCGUCACCAAUAUCUGCCAAGCAGCAGACAAGCAGCUCUUCACCCUGGUGGAGUGGGCCAAACGGAUCCCUCACUUCUCAGAUCUCCCCCUCGACGACCAGGUCAUCCUACUACGAGCAGGCUGGAACGAGCUCCUAAUCGCUUCAUUCUCGCAUCGCUCCGUCACGGUGAAAGAUGGCAUCCUGUUGGCGACGGGCCUCCACGUCCACAGAAACAGCGCCCACAGUGCUGGGGUGGGCUCCAUCUUUGAUAGAGUCCUGACAGAGUUGGUAUCCAAAAUGAAAGACAUGCAUAUGGAUAAGACAGAGCUCGGCUGCCUGCGAGCGAUCGUCCUCUUCAACCCAGAUGCAAAAGGUCUGUCGAACCCCCCAGAGGUGGAGGGUUUGAGGGAAAAGGUUUACGCCUCAUUGGAGUCGUACACGAAACAGAAAUACCCCGACCAGCCUGGCAGGUUUGCUAAGCUGUUGCUCCGCCUGCCCGCGCUGCGCUCCAUCGGCCUGAAGUGUCUGGAGCAUCUGUUCUUCUUCAAGCUGAUCGGAGACACGCCCAUCGACACCUUCCUGAUGGAGAUGCUGGAGGCGCCGCAUCAGAUCACAUGACACCAGCCCCCCCUUCCCCCUGUAUAUACUCCCACAUUGUCAGCGAUAUGAAGACAGAAUAUAAAAAGACUUGAUUCAAAUUGUAAAACAGCAUAUUUUGUACCAAGCAGAACAUUGUAAUUAAGACAUUUUUUAAAGUAUUUUGAGGUUGUGGGGAGGGUGGAGUCUUGAGACGGAGGAUCGAGUGCAGUCAAAAUGAAUUCUAAUAGAAUUGUUAACUGAUAUCUCUUUUUGUAAAUAGGUAAUUUCAGGUGUCCGUUGUUAAAAGCAACCCAAUGCAAUUUGAAAAUACGAAUCAUAUUUUAUUCAAAGAGGAAUUGUAUAAAAAAACUGAAACCAUCCAACAUUUCUUAAAAGACAUUUGAGAAUUCUUACAGAAUAAAGUUAUUUAAACAUG